ACAGCUGUUGCAGGUGGGAUCAAUUUAGGGAGUGUAUUUUUAUUUGUUAUUAGAUUCCAAAGGAAAUCAAAUAAACCAAGAUGCGGAAAUACCAGCAGCUGGUGCUGCUGCUCAUCUCGUGCCUCAGCGUGGGCAUCCUCCUUAUGUACAAAACAGAGAACAACCGUCUUAAGUAUGUUCUCAAGUACGUUAACUUCUUUGGGCGCAACGACGCCGCUGUUCUUCGACGUCUAGAAAAUGGAACCAAGGAGGAUGGACCACAGGCAGUUUUAUGGCGUCCCCUUCCGGUAUGGCAGGUGAUCGGCGACUCCUUUCACGCCUACUCCGCGUACUGGAUACGCAACGAACUGGUGGCCGGUGGAGAGGCCCACGUGCUUGUCGUCGGGAAAAAAGGAGCAGUUGUGGAUUUCCGAUGUAGCCUAGAUCUUUUGGGCGGACGCAGUGUGCAGGGAAAGUUCCGCUUCCAACGGGACUCUAUCGAGAGCUUGGUGGACGACAAGUCUUCCAACUUCACCAGCUACCACUUCUUCUGCCAGGUGAGCCGAGAUUUCGGUCAGCCCAGUAGUGUCUCCUUCACGGAUAUUACAACCACGAAGAACCCAGUGAAGCUACGUCUGCGGAACAUUAAACCUGCAGGCCAGAAAAGCGACACCAAGAUGGCAGCAGUUGCCUCACGCCUGCCGGUCACCGUGUGUGUGGAUCUAGUAGGCUUUAAUAUAACUUCCAAGUUCGCUCGCAGUGAGAGUGGCCUGCUUCAGUUCUUUCUAUUCCAUCAGGCCAUAGGAGUAGAACAUUUUCUGGUCUACAACUACGACGAGCUGCCCGAGGAAGUGAUCCACUUGCUGGACCGUACGAACGUGCACCUUUAUGGUCUUCCAUUCAACUUUCCCUUUCAACAAACUAACAAAACACUUUCCAAGAUUCAUCAACUAAUUCUCACUGACUGCCUGCUGCGGAACGUGAACCACGCCAGCUUCACUCUUCUUCUCCGUCCCAAUGAGCUGUUCUUUCCAAACUCUAGAUUCUCUGUCGGCCAGGCAAAGGGAUCGGUGCAGCAGCAGCUGAGACACUUCUCCUCCGAAACGACACGCUUUGAACUGGCCACCAUGUCCGUGUGCUUCGAUGAACGAAAGAAACUUCUGCCCGACAACGUUCAAUACGAUCCGGAACGAAGAUCACCGUACAAAACAUUGUUGAACCGCCUUGAGCUGCCGCCUGCACAAAUUUUGGCCAGUACGACGGAGGUUGAACUCUCACUGUCAACCGGAUUCGUUCAUCGCUACGUGGACUGCGACCACGUGGGUAGCGAUGGCUUGCACGACUGGCGAAAUGCAGUGCGCGAGGACUUUAUGGAACAUAUCAACGUGCUGCGCAACGAGGUGGACCUACUCAUAUAAGAACUUACGUUAAUAUUGUCUUUAGUUUGAGAUUUACGCAUAGCUUUGAGAGAUUACAUGACUGCCAUAAAAUGAAUACAACUGAGUAA